AAAAGAGAGGAACGAAAAAAAGAAUAUAACUUUACUUUAGGAAUUUUGAAGAAUAAAAUCAAAAGAGAAAAACAAAGAGAGUAUAACCAUGGUUUUCUCCUCCAUCCAAGCUUAUCUUGAUUCAUCCAACUGGCAACAAGUUCCUACGAGCAAUUACAAUCAGAGCAGCUCAGGAGCCUCAGCAACCGGAGGUAGUGGCGGUCAUAUUCUUCGUCCUCAGCUUCAGCCACAACCGCAGCCGUCUAAUGGGAGCGGAGGCGGCGGCUCGAUCCGACCAGGAUCCAUGGUGGACAGAGCAAGACAAGCAAACGUAGCCAUGCCCGAGGCUGCAUUGAAAUGUCCAAGAUGCGAAUCCACCAACACCAAGUUCUGCUACUUCAACAACUACAGCCUCACUCAGCCACGCCACUUCUGCAAAACCUGCCGGAGAUACUGGACACGUGGCGGGGCCCUACGUAACGUCCCUGUGGGUGGUGGUUGCCGGAGAAACAGGCGUAGUAAAAGCAGCAACAAUAAUAACAGCACCGCCACUAGCAACAACACAAGCUUCUCCUCCGCCGCCUCCGGGAAUGCAUCCACCAUAAGCGCGAUUCUCUCGGCGAACUACGGAGGAAGCCAAGAGAGUAUCUUGAGCCAGAUUUUGUCUCCGGGGAGGCAAAUGAAUCCUACUUAUAACCAUCAUCUCGGAGAUCUGACAGAUAAUACAAAAACUGACAACAGCAUGAGCUUGUUGAACUACGGAGGAUUGAAUCAAGACUUGAGGUCAAUCCACAUGGGAAAUUCUGGUGGCUCGCUUAUGAGCUGUGUUGAUGAAUGGAGAUCGACGUCACAUCAUAUGCAGCCGAGUCUUGGAGGUGGAAACUUGGAGGAUUCUUCUAAUCCUAAUCCAUCUUCAAAUGGGUUUUACCCUUUUGAGUCGCAGAGGAUAACUUCUGCGUCAAUCUCUGCUGCUCUGGCGUCACAGUUUUCUUCGGUUAAAGUUGAAGAUAAUCCUUAUAAAUGGGUUAAUGUCAAUGGUAAUGGCUCUUCCUGGACUGAUCUUUCUACUUUCGGCUCUUCUCGUUGAUUCCAACCAAAAAAAAAAGAACAACUUAUGGGUACUUAUUGAUGAAAACCCUAGUUACUAGUUUUAGUUUAAUUUUGUUUUACUUUGCGUUUUGUUUUGGUUGAUGUUGUUUACGACUUCUCUUGUUCUCGAUCUACGGUUCUAUAUAUGUAGCUUAAGCUAUUGGAUGUGUCUGAGACUG